GCAGGGGCCGCAUGUGGGGAGCUGGGGACGGCUAGUGGCCCGCACUCCCAUCAGUGCAGACUGCGACGCCCACGAGCCCGCACCAGAUGGACUGCACCGAGCGCCUGCCCGAGGAGCUUCCCCUCAGUGGUAAAAUUACCGCAGGUGAUGCAGACAAGACGAAGGCUAAUGGCGAAAAGGACCGUGGUAACUGGGCUAGUAAGACAGAGUUCCUCCUCUCCUGUCUGGGAUACGCCAUUGGCAUCGGCAACGUCUGGCGAUUCCCCUACCUCUGCUACCGCAGCGGCGGAGGCGCUUUCCUAGUGCCGUACCUGCUUAUGCUGCUGCUGUGUGGAAUACCAUUGUUCUUCAUGGAAACGUCGAUUGGGCAAUUCGCCAGCACGGGCUGUAUCACCAUCUUCAGGAUAUGCCCUCUCUUCAAAGGCGCCGGUUUGGCCAUCGUGGUGGUCAAUGUGCUGUGCACGACGUACUACAACGUCAUCAUCGCUUACCCGCUGUACUUUCUCGCCAUGUCUCUGCGAGAACGCCUUCCCUGGCAAGACUGUGGACAUUCUUGGAACACAGAGGCCUGCCUACCGCUCGCCACGGGCGCGAACGCUACGAGAAACCUGCAGGUGCUCAACUCCAGCAUGCGAAGGAAAACGCCAGCAGACGAAUUCUUCCACAACGGCAUCCUCCACAUUUCUGAGGGCAUCGACAAGCCCGGCAAUGUGGUGUGGCAACUGCUGGUGUGCGACAUCAUCUCCUGGGUAGCGGUCUACCUGUGCAUCAUGAACGGUGUUCGUUCCGUGGGUAAGGUAGUCUACUUCACGGCAACCUUCCCCUUUGUCAUACUAUUCGUACUCUUUGUGCGAGGCGUGACACUGCCUGGAGCCAUUGAUGGUAUCAUCUUCUACAUAUACCCUCAGUGGGAGCAGCUCACCAAUCUCAAGGUUUGGGCUGAUGCAGCAAUCCAGAUAUUCUUCUCCCUUGGACCUGGAUGGGGAGGAAUUGUCAACAUGGCCAGUUACAACCAGUUCAGAAAUAAUGUCAAAUGGGAUUCUGUCCUGGUACCGGUGAUGAACUGUGGCACCAGUAUCUUCGCGGGAUUCGUUGUGUUUUCUGUUCUGGGCUUCAUGUCCCAUCAAACAGGAGUGCCAGUGUCCACUGUCGCCACAGGAGGUCCAGGCUUGGCAUUUGUAACUUACCCAGAGGCAAUUUCUAUGCUUCCACUGCCUCAUUUAUGGGCAAUUCUCUUCUUUGUGAUGUUGUACCUUUUGGGAAUGGACAGUUGUUUUGUGCAGAUAGAAGCAAUAAUGUCCAGUGUGACAGAUGAAUACCCUGUAUUGAGAAAACAUAAAAGAGUUGUAACACUGGCUUCCUGUUUCAUUAUGUUUCUUGGAUCUCUGUCCUGUAUUACUAAUGGUGGAAUGUAUGUCCUGCAGCUUUUGGACUGGUAUUCAGCUUCAAUAUCAGUAAUUCUCAUCUGCAGUGUUGAAGUGAUCUCUAUAGCAUGGAUAUAUGGUUGUGAAAAUUUUUGUCAAGACAUAGAAUUUAUGAUGAAUGAAAAAGUUCAGAUAUGGUGGAAAAUCUGUUGGAAGUACAUCACUCCCUGCAUUCUAACGUUCAUCUUCAUCACAACGAUACUUUUCAACACACGAAUUUCCUACAACAAUAUUGAAUAUCCAGACUGGGCCAUUGCGACAGGAUGGAUGUCUGCUGUCUCUUCAAUGAUCUUUAUCCCAGGAUAUGCAGUCUAUAAAAUCUUCCUCACUGGGAAAGGAAGUAUGCAUGAGAGACUUGUGAAACAUCUGAAAGCAAGCAGUGAAUGGGGUCCUGCUCUGCCAGAGAACCGAGCUGCAUGGAAGGAGCAUAUUUUAUCCAAUACCAACAGAUGAAGUAGUAUUUUUAACUCUUUCAUGUUCCUUUGCCUUGUUUUCAAAACCAUACACUUAAAAGCAGAUCGUGAAUACAGUUACUUUCUCUAGCCAUCUAUGACAUACUGGCAUCUGCCUGUUUCAGAAUCACUUGAGCUGGUACAAUGGUGGCAGUAAAUACGUAAUACCAUUAUGCAUUGUCAUUUAUAAGACUAUGAAAAGUUAUUUAUGUGAUCAAUAAAUAUUUUUAUAUA